AUGAGUGAACCGGACGUGGAAAUCGCGUUUCGUGAGGGUUUAACGUGUGUGUCCCAACUAUCAUCCGUCAACCCAGGCCCUAGUUCAUGCUCAAAAGUCCUCAUUCAGGUGAUCAUCCCAGAUCAUCAUUGGAAGUUUGUGUACAAAGUGCCCACAAACACUCUGGUACGGGAGCUGUUGCGACGUGUGUUUGCCAGUUGCCAUUUGGAUGCUUUUGAAUAUGCCAACUACGGUCUGUACAUACCGCCAACGGAUACGCAGAAAGGCAAAUUUCUCCAAGAGGAACGUCUACUCACAGAAUACCCACAACUGCUCACCUCGCCAGCUGAUGAUCUGGACGACUUGCAUUCACCGCCGUUCAUUGACGAGGAGGAUGAGGAACAAUUGGAUCGUCUGGAGAAAGCUGCUUCGUUGAGGGUAAGCCACGGCUGUCGUCAGUUUUGGUUGUCUGACAUGUAUUGUGGUUGUGUUAGCAGACCUAUUCGUAUUUUCUUUUCUUGUUCCCCACUCUGGUUGACGCAUGGUGCAUGCACAAGAGAUCAGGGCUUUAGCUUAAAACUGAAGAACAUUUCGCGUUUGGAGUGA